UGUAAGCAACUUUAUCAUCAGUAUCAAAUAGAAUUUAUUUUGCAGGAAGAAGAAACCUUUGAACCGGCUCAAGACGAUGAUGCAUCUACUUCUCUGUUUGAUAGUGGAAUGAAAUUAUUGACACAAAUGGAUCGUGUCACCGCAAUUGAAGGACUUAUUGCGUACAAUAAAAUGCGUGACGAAAUUCGUGAAUUUCUUCAACCUUUCGCUGCAUCAGGAAAGACGGUGACCAAGCAGGACAUCGAAUCAUUUAUUCAGACAAAACUCGAACAACGUAAAUCACCGCCUAACAAUGAGAAUUUUUUCUAG